AUGCCAAAUUACACACCCUUUCCUACCUCCGAUCAACAUCUACAAUCCUCUUCAGCGCCGUCCAGAGCGAUCAACAAUGGAACGGCCGAUGUCGGGGUGGCGCAGACGAUUAUGAUAUUGAUGUAUUGGAAAUUACCGGCUGAUACGUCUUCGUGGAGGAAGAUUGGGAUAGCUAUAAGGAUGGGGUAUCAGCUUUAUUGGCAUGUACCUAGGACGCAGCCUUUGCCGGAGGAUGAGAUGAUGGCGAGGAAGAUUCUGAACUCGGAGAGGACUUGGAUGUGUCUAUUCUGUCAGUAUCAUCAUUUUCAUCUGUCAGAUCAGGAUAAGUUGAGUCAAACAUAUGGUCUUCCAUUCGCAAUACAGCCCAAUCAUAUGAUGGAUGCAGGUAACUGGGCUAGAGAGCAUGUCUACCUAGGUCCUUCGGUUGAUCUACAUCUCGCUUCGUCAAUCGAAUUGUGCAGACUCAAAGAUCAGUGGCGCGCGAUCUGCGAUUCCACCUUCCAGUCUCUGGCAUAUAACGAUGCGGCUUUGGAAAGCGUACAUGCGCAAUGUGAGGCUUUGUUGAGCAGAUACUGGAGGAAGGAGGCUCCUCCGGCAGGAUUUGAAUACGAGAAAGAACAUGUCGGUCUGUGGGCUACCCUCGAUUUUAUGCUUACUCUCAAGAGGCAUUAUCUUGAAGCUUCACCCAACGAUCCAAUCAGGAUUGACGCCUGUCUAUCUUACGCUUCGAGAAUCACUGAUGAGAUAGACGCCGUGGCGGACAAUGGUGAUCUGGAGAUUAUGCAGGACACUAGCUCGGUCAUGGCAUCGUCCCUUACCAUGCUAUUGCGAAAGAUAUUCCAUCUGUCCAGCAUAACUCAGAAACUACUCAUCAUCACUCUUCUCCAACGUAUUCUCACAGCAUAUACCAGAGCAUCCGGAACAGAGGUCAACACUGCUCCAGCCUAUGUGGCAAGAUUCGUCCAAAGAACGCUAAGAGCCAUAGGGAUGGAAUCGAAAGCUGGGUCUCCGAUGAGAGAUCAAGUAGGAACUAGUAGUGGAAAUGCGGGAGAGACGUUGUUAGGUGAAGGUGAUCAACCGGAUUUCAUGGCCCAGCUGCAACAAUUCAUGGGAGUGCCGGAUGAGAUUGCUGGAAUGAACGAUGAUGAUUACUGGUAA